GAGGGUUCCGCUUUUUCAUUGCAAUGGGGGGAAGAAAGCGCUGGCAGGAGCAUCAUGUCUGCCUCCGACUCGAGCGCUACAGGACUCAUCUGCAACAAGGGUUCAGCCGAUUCCUACACUAGUCGACCCUCUGAUUCCGACCUGUCCCUGGAGGAGGACCAGGAGGCGUCUCGGCGUGAAGCCGAGCGCCAGGCUCAGCUGCAGCUGGAGAGAGCCAAGGCUAAAUCAGUAGCAUUUGCAGUGAGAACCAAUGUGAGUUACUGUGGGGCCCUUGAUGAAGAUUGUCCAGUCCAAGGUGCUGCAAUUAACUUUGAAACCAAAGACUUUCUGCACAUAAAAGAGAAAUACAACAAUGACUGGUGGAUUGGUCGGCUGGUGAAGGAAGGGGCAGACAUCACUUUCAUCCCCAGUCCAGUCAAACUUGAGGCCAUGAGGAUAAAGCAAGAGCAGAAAGCAGCAGCUAGGAAAGGAGGGAACGCGUCAUCCGGAGGCUGGAGGUCCACCCCUCCAUCUGCAGCCAAACAGAAGCAGAAACAGACUGAACAUGUUCCCCCAUAUGAUGUGGUCCCUUCAAUGCGGCCGGUGGUCCUGGUGGGUCCUUCGUUGAAAGGCUACGAGGUAACAGACAUGAUGCAGAAAGCUUUGUUUGACUUCCUAAAGCACCGAUUUGAUGGCAGGAUCACUAUUACCCGGGUGACCGCUGAUCUGUCAUUGGCAAAGCGCUCAGUGCUGAACAAGAAAGCCAUAAUGGAGAGAUCCAACACACGCUCAAGUCUGGCUGAGGUCCAGAGUGAAAUAGAGAGGAUCUUCGAGCUGGCCAAGUCUCUUCAGCUGGUCGUCCUGGACGCAGACACCAUCAAUCACCCAGCACAACUCCUCAAAACCUCUCUGGCUCCCAUCAUUGUCUACGUCAAAGUCUCAUCACCUAAAGUUCUUCAGAGGUUGAUUAAAUCUCGAGGGAAAUCACAAAGCAAACACCUCAAUGUCCAGAUGAUGGCGGGGGACAAGCUCGCUCAGUGUCCACCUGAGAUGUUUGAUGUCAUCCUGGAUGAGAAUCAGCUGGAAGAUGCAUGUGACCACCUUGCAGAGUACCUGGAAAUUUAUUGGCGUGCUACGCACCUCCCCUGUUCUGCCCCAGUGAAUCCCUUACUGGACCAAAGUGUGAUAACUCCACCUUCUGCUAACUCCAGCCAACAGUUUUCUGAGACUCAAGAGUUGAUAGAAUGAGCACUACUUCAGAUGUAGGAGCAGCUUGUGCUGUCAGCUGGGGUCAGACAGUCGUAGCGCACAGGGACCAGGGCACCACCAGGGGGCAGCAGCAGUCCUCGUCUCUCCAAACCUGGCCACCACCUUCUCCAGCCACACCUGGGCCAAAGAAAAGAGGAAAAGCAGAGUAUGGUGAGAGAGAAGGAGCAGGAGGCUGGUGAGCUGGAAGGAGAGAAGACACAAAAAAGAGGAAAACAAGAAGAAGGAGGAGAAUGAUUUGAUCAAUGCUGCAACAGAAGAAGGAGCCUCCACCUUACUGCUGCCCCCUCGGCAAAAGCUCCCUGCUCCCACUACCACGCGACAACUCAGGGCCAAUUUCUACAGCUCCACGUGCACUGGUAUUUCAGAAAAACAGUGUAGCAGUGCAGUUACAACUCACUAUCUGCCCCCUUUCUCAUAUUUUUCUCUCACCGUGACCUUAAACCUGUACCUCACUCCCCGCUUUUACAUUUGAAGUCACGUCUCCCACCUGACAAAGGUGCGCCAGCCUACGUUUGCUCACACAGGCAGAUUCGCCUCUCACUGUAGCUACAUCACACACCUGUAAAGUUCAGAGGAAGUUAGCCUACAGUCCUGUAGCAUAGCAAAGCUACCAGUGUAAAACCUAUACACCCUCCCAACACAGGGUUCCAGGGGGUUUGUGUCUGAUACACGCCACUUAAAGAGGGUGACAGAAAAUCAGCUUUGUAUGUCUUCCAUCUCUGCAGCUCUCGAUGAGUUGUCAUUCCAAAUGUUUAACCAAAUGUUUUCUCUACAGCACAAAUGCAAUGUCAGAGGCAUCAUGUUGUCACUUAUGUUAGAGGACUCUUACUUUCCCUUACUUGCAGCUCCUGUUUUAUGUUAUUCUUUCUAUUGACCUUUUUACUGUAACUGUUGUUACUACUGUUUAUAAUUCGUAAGCUCACUCUCAGUGUCACUGAUUGCAUAUCUGUACACAACAGUGAUGCUGAACACAUGUAUAACAAGCACAGACAUGCACAGACGGUCUAUAUGCAUCUUUGUCACAGCUAUGAAUGUAUAAACGCUGGUCCACUGGCUUAGGAAGGAUUACUUAUAAUAACUGUGGUUUGCAGAUGAUUGGAGGCAAAACCCGAAAAGGUCUGUUAUCACAUCUAAAUAUCCUAAAUGCUUACACUUUACAAAGUUUGACUGUAUUUACAUGAUUUUCCUACCCCAAAGAAAAAAUAGUUUGUAAAAUUGUUUUAUCCUCCCAGAAAUAAUUGAUCACAGAUAACCCAUGUUUAACAUGAGCUAUUCCACAACUGCUCCUGACUUAGGACUAACUUCAAAAUGUUCAUUAAGAUGGUUUGAAAGUAAAACUUUGGAACCAAUGAGCCAAUAAUAAUAAUAAUAAUAAUAAUA